UACGUAUAUACCAGAACGAGGCAGAGAUUGGUCCAAACCUGAUUCCGGUAGGGCAGCCGUCCAACUAAGGACCGAGGGGGAAAAACAGGGACGAAGAACUGUCAGUUUCCGAAAUAAAGACAGCAUUUCAAUCUGGUUUGGUCAAUAGGUUGUGAGUGUGAUGGCGUCGGGCAGUACGAGCAGUGAGGAGGAGAGGAGUCUGAGGGAGUGUGAGCUGUAUGUGCAGAAACAUAACAUUCAACAGCUGCUGAAGGACUGCAUCGUACAGCUAUGUACCUCCCGGCCAGACAGACCCAUGGCCUUCCUCAGAGAGUACUUUGAGAGGCUGGAGAAGGAGGAGGCUAAGCAGAACCUACAGCAGCAGAAGUCCAACUCUCGCUCUGACUCCCGCGAGGAUGAGGUGUCUCCUCCCAUGAAUCCCGUGGUGAAGGGGCGGCGGCGGCGCGGUGCCAUCAGCGCCGAGGUCUACACAGAGGAAGACGCCGCCUCCUAUGUCAGAAAGGUCAGGGGGGGUCAGCCCUCAGCCAAUCACGCAUCGCUACAGGUUAUUCCUAAAGACUACAAAACGAUGGCCGCCCUGGCUAAAGCCAUUGAGAAGAACGUGCUGUUUGCCCACCUGGACGACAACGAGAGAAGUGACAUCUUUGACGCCAUGUUUUCUGUUACCUACAUCGCCGGGGAGACGGUCAUUCAGCAAGGUGACGAGGGAGAUAACUUCUACGUCAUUGACCAGGGAGAGAUGGAUGUGUAUGUGAACAAUGAGUGGGUGACCAAUAUUGGGGAGGGGGGCAGCUUUGGCGAGCUAGCCCUGAUCUAUGGGACCCCCAGGGCCGCCACGGUCCGAGCCAAGAGCAACGUCAAACUGUGGGGCAUCGACAGAGACAGUUACAGGAGGAUACUCAUGGGAAGCACUUUGAGAAAGCGUAAGAUGUAUGAGGAAUUCCUCAGCAAGGUGUCCAUUUUAGAGUCUCUGGACAAGUGGGAGAGGCUGACGGUAGCUGAUGCUCUGGAGACCGUUCAGUUUGAGGACGGACAGGAGAUCGUGGUUCAGGGUGAACCUGGAGAUGAGUUCUUCAUCAUCCUGGAGGGUUCAGCGGCUGUGCUCCAGAGACGGUCAGAGAAUGAAGAGUUUGUGGAGGUGGGCAGACUGGGGCCCUCGGACUAUUUUGGUGAGAUCGCCCUGUUGAUGAACCGUCCCCGUGCUGCGACCGUGGUCUCCCGCGGCCCUCUGAAGUGUGUGAAGCUGGACCGCCCGCGGUUCGAACGCGUUCUGGGGCCCUGCUCAGACAUCCUGAAGAGGAACAUUCAGCAGUACAACAGCUUUGUCUCUCUCUCCGUCUGAGUCCCUCCAUUCUUCUAUCGCUCUAUCCCUCCACUCCUUCGCCCUCUGGCUCCCCCCCGGCUCAUCCCUCCUUCCUUAACAACGGGUUCCACCAAUGAUCUGUUUAUUUUCUUCAUGUUUCUAUGUUUCUAACCCUCCACCCGGGGCUCCAGAUCACUUGGCUGGGACUUUGUUGUUGUUCUGGUGUUAUUGUAUUUACUAUGAACCCAGAUUCAUUUGAUUUGACACGUAUGCAAUGAACUCUGUUGGAGGGCACAAUAUUUCUGUAGUAUUUUAAUGUCAACUAUGAAGACAGGAUGAGUUGUCUCUGUAGUGUUCAGACGGUAACAGGUUAGAGAGGGUCUGUUCAGACCCAGGGUUCCAAUAGAAUUACAAUGUGGUUCCAUUAGGGUUAGUUCCAUUACUGUUCACCCAGUGUUCUCUCUGACACCGGGUCAAAACUAAGGCCUUGUAAUGUGUGGACUAGACACACCAUGAGUCUGUCCUGGUUAGCAUCCAGAAGGCCUUGUAAUGUGUGGACUAGACACACCAUGAGUCUGUCCUGGUUAGGGUCCAGAAGACCUUGUAAUGUGUGGACUAGACACACCAUGAGUCUGUCCUGGUUAGGGUCCAGAAGACCUUGUAAUGUGUGGACUAGACACACCAUGAGUCUGUCCUGGUUAGAGCCCAGAAGACCUUGUAAUGUGUGGACUAGACACACCAUGAGUCUGUCCUGGUUAGGGUCCAGAAGACCUUGUAAUGUGUGGACUAGACACACCAUGAGUCUGUCCUGGUUAGGGUCCAGAAGACCUUGUAAUGUGUGGACUAGACACACCAUGAGUCUGUCCUGGUUAGCAUCCAGAAGACCUUGUAAUGUGUGGACUAGACACACCAUGAGUCUGUCCUGGUUAGGGUCCAGAAGACCUUGUAAUGUGUGGACUAUACACACCAUGACUCUGUCCUGGUUAGCGUCCAGAAGACCUUGUAAUGUGUGGACUAGACACACCAUGACUCUGUCCUGGUUAGGGUCCAGAAGACCUUGUAAUGUGUGGACUAGACACACCAUGAGUCUGUCCUGGUUAGGGUCCAGAAGACCUUGUAAUGUGUGGACUAGACACACCAUGACUCUGUCCUGGUUAGGGUCCAGAAGACCUUGUAAUGUGUGGACUAGACACACCAUGAGUCUGUCCUGGUUAGCAUCCAGAAGACCUUGUAAUGUGUGGACUAGACACACCAUGAGUCUGUCCUGGUUAGCAUCCAGAAGACCUUGUAAUGUGUGGACUAGACACACCAUGAGUCUGUCCUGGUUAGGGUCCAGAAGACCUUGUAAUGUGUGGACUAGACACACCAUGAGUCUGUCCUGGUUAGGGUCCAGAAGACCUUGUAAUGUGUGGACUAGACACACCAUGAGUCUGUCCUGGUUAGAGCCCAGAAGACCUUGUAAUGUGUGGACUAGACACACCAUGAGUCUGUCCUGGUUAGGGUCCAGAAGACCUUGUAAUGUGUGGACUAGACACACCAUGACUCUGUCCUGGUUAGGGUCCAGAAGACCUUGUAAUGUGUGGACUAGACACACCAUGAGUCUGUCCUGGUUAGCAUCCAGAAGACCUUGUAAUGUGUGGACUAGACACACCAUGAGUCUGUCCUGGUUAGGGUCCAGAAGACCUUGUAAUGUGUGGACUAGACACACCAUGAGUCUGUCCUGGUUAGGGUCCAGAAGACCUUGUAAUGUGUGGACUAGACACACCAUGAGUCUGUCCUGGUUAGCAUCCAGAAGACCUUGUAAUGUGUGGACUAGACACACCAUGAGUCUGUCCUGGUUAGGGUCCAGAAGACCUUGUAAUGUGUGGACUAGACACACCAUGAGUCUGUCCUGGUUAGCAUCCAGAAGACCUUGUAAUGUGUGGACUAGACACACCAUGAGUCUGUCCUGGUUAGCGUCCAGAAGACCUUGUAAUGUGUGGACUAGACACACCAUGAGUCUGUCCUGGUUAGCAUCCAGAAGACCUUGUAAUGUGUGGACUAGACACACCAUGAGUCUGUCCUGGUUAGCAUCCAGAAGACCUUGUAAUGUGUGGACUAGACACACCAUGAGUCUGUCCUGGUUAGAGCCCAGAAGACCUUGUAAUGUGUGGACUAGACACACCAUGAGUCUGUCCUGGUUAGGGUCCAGAAGACCUUGUAAUGUGUGGACUAGACACACCAUGAGUCUGUCCUGGUUAGGGUCCAGAAGACCUUGUAAUGUGUGGACUAGACACACCAUGAGUCUGUCCUGGUUAGCGUCCAGAAGACCUUGUAAUGUGUGGACUAGACACACCAUGAGUCUGUCCUGGUUAGGGUCCAGAAGACCUUGUAAUGUGUGGACUAGACACACCAUGAGUCUGUCCUGGUUAGGGUCCAGAAGACCUUGUAAUGUGUGGACUAUACACACCAUGAGUCUGUCCUGGUUAGGGUCCAGAAGACCUUGUAAUGUGUGGACUAGACACACCAUGAGUCUGUCCUGGUUAGGGUCCAGAAGACCUUGUAAUGUGUGGACUAGACACACCAUGAGUCUGUCCUGGUUAGGGUCCAGAAGGCCUUGUAAUGUGUGGACUAGACACACCAUGAGUCUGUCCUGGUUAGGGUCCAGAAGACCUUGUAAUGUGUGGACUAGACACACCAUGAGUCUGUCCUGGUUAGCAUCCAGAAGACCUUGUAAUGUGUGGACUAGACACACCAUGAGUCUGUCCUGGUUAGGGUCCAGAAGACCUUGUAAUGUGUGGACUAGACACACCAUGAGUCUGUCCUGGUUAGCAUCCAGAAGACCUUGUAAUGUGUGGACUAGACACACCAUGAGUCUGUCCUGGUUAGGGUCCAGAAGACCUUGUAAUGUGUGGACUAGACACACCAUGAGUCUGUUCUGGUUAGGGUCCAGAAGACCUUGUAAUGUGUGGACUAGACACACCAUGAGUCUGUCCUGGUUAGGGUCCAGAAGACCUUGUAAUGUGUGGACUAUACACACCAUGAGUCUGUCCUGGUUAGGGUCCAGAAGACCUUGUAAUGUGUGGACUAGGCACACCAUGAGUCUGUCCUGGUUAGGGUCCAGAAGACCUUGUAAUGUGUGGACUAGGCACACCAUGAGUCUGUCCUGGUUAGCGUCCAGAAGACCUUGUAAUGUGUGGACUAGGCACACCAUGAGUCUGUCCUGGUUAGGGUCCAGAAGACCUUGUAAUGUGUGGACUAGGCACACCAUGAGUCUGCUUACAAUGGACAUCACCCAGGGGCCAUGAUGUCAUAAAGAAAUGUUCCUUUGUGACUUGAAAGGAAGAGAGAAGGUUUGAAUUGGAACUGCAAAUGUGUCAUGACAUUAAGGAUAUUGUGUCAUGACAUUAAGGAUAUUGUGUCAUGAUAUUCCUAAUCUCUGGGACAAGUCUAAAGUGACUUGGGAGGGAGGGGGGGGGGACAAUCUUGAGAGAAAUGUUGUUUUGAAUAGAUAUCCACCAAAGGCUGAUCUGUGUUGUUAUACUUAACUUUUUCUAGUUGUUUUCUGGAAUGUUCUUUGAGGGUACUAAGAAGCUGUGGUUUCUACACCAUGAGGUUGAUGUUGAGGGUCCAGUGGUGCGACUGCUCUCUCCCUAUUGGAAGUUUUUCUAUCUCUCUCUACCCCCCUUUCUCUCUCUUUCCCAUCUUGUCCCCCCCCCCCCCCCGUUGUUGGGAUAGAUCUUAUACGUGUCAUUGUGUCUGGGUGUGUUAAAAUGCUCCCUUCAGGAAAGGGAAAACGACUUGUAGUUGGUCACAGAAAGCAGAUCUGGGCAGAACAUCAAGUUACUCUGACCAGGGUCAAGUUGAUCAGUCUGAAGGGAUGUUCAGUAUUUCACUUUGUGCUACAUGUGUCCAUUUAGCUUCUAAAUAAGAGGUUUUAUAACAGGUGAUGGCUGUGAGGAAAACAUGUUACAACUCAACGUUAAUUCAACCUCUCUAGUUGAAUGAAGAAUGUGGAGCGUUCUGAUAUCAACCCUGGUGGGUUUAAUAGUAGUGUUUCAUCCCGUGGAUGGUACAUGUCCAGUGUCAUACCUAGUGGUGUUUAGGAAGCUAUCGUUUUCAAAUGUUUUUCACACGGGAGGUCUGUUUCUGAAAACGGCUGUUUUUCACCCCCUCAUUGAAGUGUUAGUUUAUAACGAGGGUUCAGUCUUGUAACUAUCUUUGAGAAGUGCCUGGUUGCGUUCUAUCCACACUCUCUUAGAAUUAACAAUUAGAACCAAAAGGAUUCCGGUUCCAUACCAUCGUGGAGGCGAGUCUUUUCAAUGUUUGGGGUCUAACAUUUAUCUAACCAUUUUAGUUUGAACCGUUUUUGUUGUCUUUUGAAAAACCCAUGUUUGUUCUAAUCCCAACUACAGUAUAUUGUUGUCAACUGGACAUUUGCCAUUUUAGAAUUUUGCUGAAUAUUUUGUAACGUGCUAUAUAGUAUACCGUUAGCGUAAGACUCCCUUCCCUCUCUCCAGCCUAACGCUAUCCCUUCCCUCUCUCCAGCCUAACGCUAUCCCUUCCCUCUCUCCAGCCUAACGCUAUCCCUUCCCUCUCUCCAGCCUAACGCUAUCCCUUCCCUCUCUCCAGCCUAACGCUAUCCCUUCCCUCUCUCCAGCCUAACGCUAUCCCUUCCCUCUCUCCAGCCUAACGCUAUCCCUUCCCUCUCUCCAGCCUAACGCUAUCCCUUCCCUCUCUCCAGCCUAACGCUAUCCCUUCCCUCUCUCCAGCCUAACGCUAUCCCUUCCCUCUCUCCAGCCUAACGCUAUCCCUUCCCUCUCUCCAGCCUAACGCUAUCCAAAGUGUUACUGCUGUUAUUUUCAUGGAAAUUAUAAAGGAAUCCAUCAAAACUGUGAUGUAUAGAGAUUUGGAUACAAAUCCUUCAUGUAUAGACUAGUCCUCUGAAAGUAACUGUUGAAUCAAUCUGUUGUUAUGGACGUGUGUGUGUGCUCCAAAUGGAACCCUAUUCCUUAUAUAGUGCACUGCCUUUGACUAAGUAGUGCACUAUAUAGGCAAUAGGGGUGGCAUUUUGGAGGCAUGCAAUGUUGCGUUUUAUUUCCACCAUGGUGUGUUGUCCUGGAUAAAACGUUUCCAACUGAACUAGUAUCAGGCUGGAAUGGACAUGGCCUUGCUACAUCUCAUGGUUGAUCGAUUUAUGGUGUUUUUACAUUUUUACUGUUCAACUGUCCUUGGUGUAUUGUGUGAAUAAAUUAGAUCUUUUUUAUUUGUCAGGCUGUGUGCGUGUCUGAAAUGCCACUCUGUUUCCUAUAUAUAAAGCCCCAUAGGCUCUGGUCAAAAGUAGUGCACUAUAUAGGGUGUCAUUGGGCUCUGGUCAAAGUAGUGCACUUUAUAGGGAAUUGGGUGCCUUUUCAGACACACACAGUGUAUCUAGUUGAUGCCCUGCACCCAAUGUUGAAAUAAUGUUAGUUGAUAGUUUUCUAUGUUCUCUCAUGGAGGCCAGAGUAAAAUGAAGUAGUAAGCUAUUCUAGGCUACUGCUUGUUGUAUAACUUGCCUACUGAAGUGGUUGAUAGCCCUCAUGAAUCCCUAGUGCAUCUCAUGGGGGAAGUCCAGCAGUGGGGGAGGACUUGGAGGAAUCUAGAACUCUAGCAGUGGGAGGACUUGGGGGGAAUCUAGAACUCUAGCAGUGGGAGGACUUCGGGGGGGAAUCUAGAACUCUAGCAGUGGGAGGACUUGGGGGAAUCUAGAACUCUAGCAGUGGGAGGACUUGGGGGGAAUCUAGAACUCUAGCAGUGGGAGGACUUGGAGGAAUCUAGAACUCUAGCAGUGGGAGGACUUGGAGGAAUCUAGAACUCUAGCAGUGGGAGGACUUGGGGGGAAUCUAGAACUCUAGCAGUGGGAGGACUUGGAGGAAUCUAGAACUCUAGCAGUGGGAGGACUUGGGGGGAAUCUAGAACUCUAGCAGUGGGAGGACUUCGGGGGGAAUCUAGAACUCUAGCAGUGGGAGGACUUGGAGGGAAUCUAGAACUCUAGCAGUGGGAGGACUUGGGGGAAUCUAGAACUCUAGCAGUGGGAGGACUUCGGGGGGGAAUCUAGAACUCUAGCAGUGGGAGGACUUGGGGGAAUCUAGAACUCUAGCAGUGGGAGGACUUGGGGGGAAUCUAGAACUCUAGCAGUGGGAGGACUUGGGGGGAAUCUAGAACUCUAGCAGUGGGAGGACUUGGGGGGAAUCUAGAACUCUAGCAGUGGGAGGACUUGGGGGGAAUCUAGAACUCUAGCAGUGGGAGGACUUGGAGGAAUCUAGAACUCUAGCAGUGGGAGGACUUCGGGGGGGAAUCUAGAACUCUAGCAGUGGGAGGACUUGGGGGAAUCUAGAACUCUAGCAGUGGGAGGACUUGGGGGGAAUCUAGAACUCUAGCAGUGGGAGGACUUGGGGAAUCUAGAACUCUAGCAGUGGGAGGACUUGGGGGGAAUCUAGAACUCUAGCAGUGGGAGGACUUGGGGGAAUCUAGAACUCUAGCAGUGGGAGGACUUGGAGGAAUCUAGAACUCUAGCAGUGGGAGGACUUGGGGGGAAUCUAGAACUCUAGCAGUGGGAGGACUUGGGGGAAUCUAGAACUCUAGCAGUGGGAGGACUUGGAGGAAUCUAGAACUCUAGCAGUGGGAGGACUUGGGGGAAUCUAGAACUCUAGCAGUGGGAGGACUUCGGGGGAAUCUAGAACUCUAGCAGUGGGAGGACUUGGGGGGAAUCUAGAACUCUAGCAGUGGGAGGACUUGGGGGAAUCUAGAACUCUAGCAGUGGGAGGACUUGGGGGAAUCUAGAACUCUAGCAGUGGGAGGACUUGGGGGGAAUCUAGAACUCUAGCAGUGGGAGGACUUGGGGGGAAUCUAGAACUCUAGCAGUGGGAGGACUUGGGGGAAUCUAGAACUCUAGCAGUGGGAGGACUUGGGGGGAAUCUAGAACUCUAGCAGUGGGAGGACUUGGGGGGAAUCUAGAACUCUAGCAGUGGGAGGACUUGGGGGGAAUCUAGAACUCUAGCAGUGGGAGGACUUGGGAGGAAUCUAGAACUCUAGCAGUGGGAGGACUUGGGAGGAAUCUAGAACUCUAGCAGUGGGAGGACUUGGGGGAAUCUAGAACGCUAGCAGUGGGAGGACUUGGGGGGAAUCUAGAACUCUAGCAGUGGGAGGACUUGGGGGGAAUCUAGAACUCUAGCAGUGGGAGGACUUGGGGGGAAUCUAGAACUCUAGCAGUGGGAGGACUUGGGGGGAAUCUAGAACUCUAGCAGUGGGAGGACUUGGGGGUAAUCUAGAACUCUAGCAGUGGGAGGACUUGGGGGGAAUCUAGAACUCUAGCAGUGGGAGGACUUGGGGGGAAUCUAGAACUCUAGCAGUGGGAGGACUUGGGGGUAAUCUAGAAUGGGUGGCUAUUGUCAUUUCUUUCUCACAUACAGAUUUGAUGUUCCAAUCAGAGAGUCAAACACCUUUCUAUCCCUUUUAUAUUUAGCGGUUUGUGUCUCAUUCCAUGUUUUUAAUUUAUUUAUAGGUCAUUCAUUCACUCUAACAACUAGGGUUGCAAAAUUCUGGUUAAUUUCCUGGUUGGAGUUCUGGGAGAACUUGGGAAAGUUAGCAUCAUUCUGAAACCUUAUUAAGUACAGUGUUCUGUCUAUAGAUGAACAGUCAGUGAGGUGUUUCUGACACACAACAAUCACCAUUAUAGCUUGACCAGGGUCUGUGUGCAACACUGCCACUGUAAGUACAAUAACUGUAAGGUGCAGUAUGUACGAGAAUUCAAACAGUCCGAGAUGUUCACUAUAGUUUUGCCUUAGGUCAUGUGAUCAGGGCUUAUAGAACAGAGGUCCACAGCUCAGGUUUUCAUUUGUCCCUGGCACUACAUUGAUUAAGUAAUAUCAUUGAUUGGAUAGUGCACACACACACCUGGUGGCCCAGGUCAAAAUUAGUCUGUGAUUUAAAGUUAGACUCUGUGAAAUGAUGUUGCCAUGAGCAACAACGUAAGAUACUAAGAUGAGCGAGAUGCAACACUUCUCUCUCACACAGUCACACACAGUAUCUGUGCAUGUACACGUGUUCACUACAGAGUGGUAGCCAGGGCACCAAAACAGUAGACAAGUUGAGCUUCGUGCUUCAACGCUCUUAGUUGUGGAAAUUGACCCACUGUGCUGUUUACUGUCUACAUCUACGCCAUAUCGCUGAGGCCACCUUUAAAAGGUUAGUAAGUAAAGCAGCAAACACUGCAGAUUCCCCCAGGACCACAGCUGUGUACCCCUGGUUUAGAGAAAUAUCAUGUGUCCCAAAUCAACCCCGAGCCCCUAUUCCUACAUCCUACCCUUUGGGCACUAUUGCAGAACUGAGAGGAUUGGAUGGGUAUCAGCAAUAUAAUAAUGAAACUCUUAUAGUGCUGUUAUUACAUAAAGAAUCUCAAAGUGCUUUAAAGCAACACACAAAAAGACUAGCGAUUUAGAAAAAUACAUCGUUCAUCAGAUGGAAGUUCAUGAGAGGGUCGGGAAGUUCAUGGCUUGAGUGGUCAUCGGAGGGAGGCUGUCAGAGGGGAAGGGUGAGGAUGGUCAUCGGAGGGAGGCUGUCAGAGGGGAAGGCUGAGGAUGGUCUGGAGCAAGUCCAGGGUCAGACGGGCAGCACGGUGUCAUCAAGGUGGCUCACAACUCCACCUAUCCUAUCAGAGGGCACAGUGGAGCUGUUACCAUAUGGCUUGUACCUAACCAAUCCUUUCCUAUCUAGAGUAGGGGUCAAGGUUUUUGGUUUAGGAUUGGGCCUACUCUGUUUAGUGCUCCCAUUCUUCGCCUACGUCCCAAUUCUCUUCCUUGCUCACAUAGUGUCCACUUGGCUUGCACACUCCCUGUCGUAGAUUUAAAAGCAUGGGAUUGGUAUAAGCAUUGGCUGGAGGGAGGAGGGAAGUUUCCAGCAUUGCUAAGUCCAUGCAUAAAAAAGUGUGCAAGUCCACAUUUCAGGAGAGGAAAAAGGGUGGUGAUUUGGGUCGUGGCCUUCAAGCUCUCAUUGACGUUUGACAAGGCCUGCGGGAUGCAUCCCAAAUGGAACCUUUUUCCUUUUAUAGUGCACUACUUUAGAGCCCUGGUCAGGAAUAGGGUGUCUGUUUAGGGAAGAGGAAGAGGUCUAUGUAGGGAAUAGGGUGGCCAGAGGACCAUUUUAUUAUGAUGAUGAUUAUGACUGUACAAGGUUUGCUUUACUGUUUGUGCUCAGUUAUAAUCCUUUUGGUUUAGGUUGUCCUAAUGGCAGGUCAAGCAAUAAAACAAAUACAUUCUUACAAA